CCACACAUUAGCCCAGCAGGCACACAGUAAGCAGGAGGCAAGCAGAGUAUACACGGGAAUUUUCCACCUGACAGACCAGCGCCUCGGCGUGCGGGCGGGGACGGGCCGAGAGUAUAUAAGGAGGUGGCGGCGCGCUGACGCGAUCACUCCCCACACAGCCUGCGCAGAAGUAGGAUAUUGACCACGAUGAGGAUACUUGCUGCAGCCCUCCUCUGUGCCACGGCGGGCAUCGCCGUGGGACAGUUCACUGACCCUUGCAAGACCAAGACGCGGACCUCCGCCCACGAGGACCAGUGUGACCUGUACUACGAAUGCUUUAAUGGCCAGCCGGUGCUGCAGGAGUGCCCCAACGGCCUGGUCUACCACGGCAAAAGGACUCAGGGACUCUUUGGGGUGUGCGACUACAGCUUCAACGUGGACUGUACUGACCGACCUGUCCGCAACCCGCCCAUCUCCUCGGAGCACUGUGACUGGCUGUACGGCAUCUUCGGCCACGAGACGUCCUGCACCCGCUACUGGACCUGCUGGAACGGCACGUCCGCUGAGCAGUUCUGUAUCGGCGGCCUGCUCUACAACGAGGAGACCCACUCCUGUGACUGGCCGCAGAACGUGGGCGGCUGCCAGAAGCACCCUCUGUGCAAGGACGACCCCAACGCCAACGUGCCGCUCGGCAAGUCCUGCGAGCGUUACUGGGCCUGCCAGGGCGGCUACCCCCGCCUGCAGCGCUGCCCCGCCACCCUCGUGUUCGACAAGCGCACACGCCGCUGCGUGAACCCACCCACCGAGGACUGCGAGGCGCCCACCACCACGCCCCCCCCCGAGCAGCUACCUGAGACCGGCCCUGCCCUCGGAGCGCUGCCUCCCCGCCCCCGUCCCCCUCCACGCCGCCGCCCCCAGUCCGCCCUCGAGCCCGAGGACCAGGGCGACUUCCUCCCUAGCAACAACCUCCGCCCCUCCUCCAACCCCCGCCCCCUGGGUCCGCUCUUGCCCCAGGGCGGCAACUUCCGGGAGGCCCCCAUCGACAAGGCCGUGCCCCUCAACUAGAAGCCACGCCGCGUGAGUGCGGGCCCUGGGCGGCCGCCGCCUCCCGCACGCCACGCCGCCGCCGCCGCCGCUCGGGUACAAACUCCCUCGCCCAAAGAUCGCCCGCCCUGGGCAGCCCCGCGGGACGCUGUACAUAGUCCUCCACGAGUAUUACGUCCCCUUCCCCUCCCCCCUCCCGACCCCUCCUCUUAGGCUUAGUUGUUAUUAUUCUGUUUGUAAAUAAAAUAUGUUAAAAAUA